ACUAUUUCUUCAAAUGUAUUUUCUGCUUCCUUUUCUCUCUCUUCUCCCUCUGGGAUCCCUAUUAUAUGAAUGUUAUUAUGUUUGAUGAAGUCACUGAGAUCCCUAAGUCUGUUCUUGUUUUGCAUAAUCCUUUUCUCUCUUGUGUUCAGCUGAUUACUUUCUACUACUUUAUCUUCUAGGUCACUAGUUUGUUCUUUUGCUUCUUCCAUUCUGCCGUUCAUUGCAUCAAGCGUGUUUUCAAUCUCAUUUAUUGCACUUUUUAAAAUAUCUGAUUCUUUUUUAACUCUCUUCUCUCUGUGGUAAGGGUCUCCUUGAAGUUUUCCAUUUUCUCCUCAAGUCUACCAAGCACUCUUAUGAGCAUUACUUUAAAUUCCCCAUUAAACAGGUUACUUAUGCCUGUUUUUCUUAGAUUUCUGGCUCUGGCCUUAUUUUGUUCUUUCAUUGGGGAUAAAUUCCUCCAUUUUCACAUUUUGUCUAAGUCUCUGCCUUCUUCUCUGUGUUAGAAGAGCAGGUUAUGUCUGCUGCUCCUGAAAGCAAUGGCCUUCUGUAGAAGAGGUCAUGGAGUGCCCAGGGCCUGGGGCUUCAGGGAGGGUCUCUGGUGCGUGCUACAUGCACUCUGCUGCUGUGUUUUGGCUGCUCUGUCCUUCAGGCCAGUUGUCUGCAGAAGCUCUCCUUGCCUGCAGUGGGCAGUGUUUGGUCCUGAUCUGAGCAUGGGAAGUUUUAACUAGGUCUGCUUGUUAAAUGAGACCUGAUACUACUUCUAAUAGAGCCGAAGCCCGGCAGAACUCUCUGGUCAGGAGAUGUGGUGUGGGCAAGGGUUUGUGUUGGUCUUCUGGGACAGGGGCCCUCUGCCCCCUGUGCUGGGACUGAGUCAUGCUUGCUGGAGUGGGGCAGUCCCACCAGACAGCAAGGGAGGAGCAGGAGAGCGGGGCUAGGCAUAAGCAGGUUAGGCAGCCAGCGUCCCUCUGAGCUGCCUCCCCCAGUGGUUCCCUGUUUACGCUGAGGUAAGGGGGAGGGGGGAGGAGGAGGGAAAUGGUGCUGGCUUGAUCCUUUGUUCCAGGAAAGUUCUCUGUGAACUGCCUCUCAGGAGAAGAGCAAUGAUCUCUCUUGUGUGCCCCAGGCCCUCUUCAGAUCACUUUUCCCUAUUGCUCUCCUGCUUACUUGCCCACUGGGAGCAGGGCAGCGCCCUCCGGCUCUAUCCCAGCCAAACCCUCCAACCUUUACAACUCCAGCCUUUAAGCCCUGCUGGUUGCAAAAUCUCAUGAAAUUCAGCUCCUCUUGCUUCAGUAGCCAAUGGCUUUGGGAAAACGUUCAACUUGUCUCCUGAUACUCAUCUCCUAGAACUUCUCUCUCUCUCACACGGUUCUCCGUGACUGCAGCUCCCUCCCCUCUGCAGCAGCCAGGAUCCCUUCCCCCCCACCCCAAACCACAUCUCCAUGCUUCUUACCUUCUUCUUGUGGCCUUUUCUCCCCCUUUAGUUGUGGAGUUUGCUCUGCCAGUCUUCAGGUUGAUUUCUGGGGUAUUUAGGAUGACCUGAGAGUUAUGUGUUCCUAUGAGCCCAGGGUCCUCCUCCUCCCAUGCCAUCUUUCCCCGCUCUUCCAACACAGGAAGUCCUUACCAUGGCGGCUUCGUGCCAGCCACCCUUCCCCACAUCCCCAGGGUGCUCCUGGCCAGAGGCAGCACAGGACAAUCCCUCAACUGGUCAUGCUGAACUCCUUACUCUGAUGGCUGUUCCAUAAGAUCAAGACUGAGUCCCCUCCCUUCUCCCACUUUACCAAUGCCUGGUCUCAUGGGGUUAGUUUUGAGCCCAACACUAUGGCAUCAUCAACCUCCUCAGCUCCUCGCUCCCGGUCCAGGAAGCCUCUGGGCAAGAUGGCUGACUGGUUCAGGCAGGCCCUGUCGAAGAAGCCCAAGAAGAUACUGGAAUCCUCAGACGGCCCCUCCAGUGACGUCUCACAGCCGAGCUCCCAGGACCACCCCCCACGCCUGGGCCUCAGCUCAACCUCGUCUCCAACACACGUGGUCGCCAGCAGCAGCGGCAGCAGCAGCGGCCGCUGGAGCAAGGACUACGAUGUCUGUGUGUGCCACAGCGAGGAGGACCUGGCAGCCGCCCAGGAGCUGGUCUCCUACCUGGAAGGCAGCACUGCCAGCCUGCGCUGCUUCCUGCAGCUGCGGGAUGCAACCCCAGGCGGCGCCAUCGUGUCCGAGCUGUGCCAGGCACUGAGCAACAGUCACUGCCGCGUGCUGCUCAUCACCCCAGGCUUCCUGCAGGACCCGUGGUGCAAGUACCAGAUGCUGCAGGCCCUGAGUGAGGCUCCCGGGGCGGAGGGCCGCACCAUCCCCCUGAUGUCAGGCCUCGCCAGAGCCGCCUACCCCGCUGAGCUCCGGUUCAUGUACUUUGUGGACGGCCGGGGCCCCGACGGUGGCUUUCGCCAAGUCAAGGAAGCUGUCAUGCGUUGUAAGCUAUUAGGGGUAAGGGAGAAUGGGAAGGUGGCUUCGGCCACAGCAUCUGAUCGACUUCGGCUUUUAGGAGACAGUCACUGUAGCCCAGUAGCUCAAGAUGCAGGCUCUGGAAAAGGCUGGAAGUUAUUCCAAGUCCUUUGUACUUGGGUUUCCCCACUGGUAAAGUGAGGACAGUAUAUACCUGAAGGAGUAUAUACACUAAACAAGUGUUCAGACUAUGGCCUGGCGCAUGUAAAGUACUCAUAACGGGCAGGGCCUAGCACCUGUCAAGUCUUCAGAAAAUAGCCAUUAUCAUUAUAGGUAUUAAUAGUAGUAGGUAUUAAUGGUAUCUCUCUCUGAAGUCAUGUUGGAGAUGUUCCCCCAGACCCAGGAAAAUGCCAGGAGGGUCAGUGGUACAAAAUAAUAGGAAAGAAUUGUGUAUCUGGGGGUGGGGACUUGCUAUUACGGUAGGUUUGGAAAGUGAAAUAGAUAAAAGGUAGAAGUGGCAGGACCCACUGCGGGAAACAGAUGCUGGGGUCUGGGAAGGGUGACAAGCCCUGCCAUUCUGUUUGGUCUCUUUCAGAUCUGCAGACCAUCAGCUGACACUUCUAUCACCACAGGACCCAGAAAGUUGGAGCAAAGCCGGAAAUCGAGUUAGAGAGCCCAGGGUCUCACAGGGUCUUGGAUUCUGGCAGCUGUGACGAGGUGUAAAGAACCAGUCUGUAGCACUUUGUAUGUGAUCCUGGGCUCAGAUUGCCCAUCAGGCACCCAUUACCGGGGACUCCCCCACGAAGGCCAUGGGGAAGCUGGGGACUCCCCCUGAGGAAGGCAUGAGGAAACUGGGGACUCCCCAGGAAGGCCAUGGGGAAGCCAGAAAUUGUAGGUGGUGGGAGGUGCUGAUACCACGAUGAUCACCAGUGUUUUGCCUCUGGCCCAACUGGACACAUGAAGCCCCGGCACCUGGAAAGGUCACUUACCUGAUUCAUGGGCUAGAAGCCUACACCGCAUGCUUCAGAGGGGAUGGUGUCCCCAGUUGCCUGGCAUCAGGAGAAAGCAACAGGUACCGAUCCUUCACACUCACACUACUGCCCUUCUCUUUCCCAGGGACGUUGUUCACUUCAGAAAUCUACACGAAAGAUGCAUUCAGCGCUGUCCUGAAUUUUUAUUGCACGUGUCACUAAGACACAUCUAGAAACCAUUCUGAAUAGACAGGAGGUGGCAGGGAGCAGCAGGGGUGGAGGCAAGGAGAAGCUCAGACCCUGCACCUGGGUCAGAAGCCCACCCACCGAUGCUCUGACUCAUGGGGGCCUCAUCAAAGGUCUGACUAGAAGCCAAGCUUUUACAAGCUUCUUUACGUCUGCACUGAGAGAGAUGAGCUGUCUUCUUCUGGCAGAUGACUGUGGGCCUUGUAGGACAAGGUUUCAUUCACCUGUUCUCAAUAAGUCUGUUGUUGAACCGAAAUGAAUUUCGAAUACAUUCCCCUGAUGUGUACUUUUGUGCCACUUCUCUCACUUCUCCCUACCACGUCCCCUCCUUUUACUGGAAAAAUUCAUAUAUAUAUAUAUAUAUAUAUGUACACACACAUAUAUAUACGUAUAUAUAUAUAUAUGUGAGAUAUAAUUAAUAUAUUAACAUUAGUUUCAGGUAUAAAACAUGAUUUGACAUUUGUAUAUAUUGUGAAAACAUUUUCUAUUUUCAUUAUGCAUUAUUUUAUUACAUACAAAAAGACUCAAGAAUAUAAUGUACAUUCCUGUAUAUUCCACUCAGCUUAAGAAGCCCAACCUUACAAUCCCUAUGGUACUCCCUUUGUGCCUUUAAUUACAUUCUCCUCCCUUUUCCCAUCAGAAGCAAUCACCCUUCUGAAUUUUGAAUUCAUCAUUGUUAGCUUUUCACAUAUACAUCCCUGAGAACAUAUUUACUUUUACAUGGUUUUGUACUGUAUCUAGUGGUAUUAUAAUGUUCGUACUCUACAAAUUCUUUUUUUUUUUUUUAACCAUGUUAAGAUUUAUCCAUGUGGAUGCAUGUAACGAACACCAGGAACUUCACUAUGGUUCUAUUAUGUAAACAUACCACGAUUUAGUCACACAUUCCUUUACAAACAGACAUUUGGUUGUUUGCCAUUUGUUGCUAGUAAAAACAAUGAGUUUAUGAACAUUUUUGUGUGUGUUUCCAUGAGCAAGAUUUUCUAGGACUUAGCCUAGAUGGGGAACAGCUGGGUAGUAAAUACACAUCUUCAGUUUUGGUAGAACAUGCCAAAUUUUCUUCCAAAUUGGUUGUGUCUGUGUAUGUUCCCACCAUUAGUGUGUGAGAUUUCCCACUUUUUCAUGUUCUUACUAACACUUAGAAUUAUCGGAUUGGAAAAUGUUUGUUGACCUGGUGGGUGAAAACUGGUAUCCUAUUCUUUUCUUCUUUUUAAACUGUUGUGGUGUGUGUGUGUGAGAAAUUCUUUGUAUGUCAUAAACCGAAGAGAAAAAUUUGACCAAUACCCAUAUACCCAUCACCUGGCUUCAACAAUUACCAACUCAGAGCUAAGCUGAUAUCAACAAUCACCCCACUCAUUCCCUCCCCACCAGGUCCCUUUGAAGCAAAUCCCAGGCAUUAUUUUAUUCCUACAUAUCAAACUGUGUAUCUUUUUAGAAGUUUUCCCAAAAAAAUGUAUCUUUUAAAGAACAGAAUGCUUUAUUUUUUAAUAUAAAACCUUUUACCUAUUA